AUGAAUUUAAAUCAAAGUGAUUUAGUUAGUGUUAAUUUUAUUCGUCUAAGUCAACAAAUAUUGAUUUAUUUAACAUUUUUUUUGACAGGUUUUGGUAUUAUUAGUAACAUUUUAGCUAUUCUAAUAUUUUAUUCACCAAAUUUUCGUAAACAAAGUUCUCAUUUAUAUUUACUCGCAUUGGCUAUAUCCGAUUUAUGUUUUUUAAUUAUUAAUUUAUUUGAAGAUGCAUUUCGUAAUCAUAAUUAUUUAUAUAAUUCAAAUGUUGAUUUUCUUGAUCGUUCAACAACAUUUAUUUGUAUUCUAGUUCAAUAUAUUCGUAAUAUUAGUCGUUUAACAUCAUCAUGGAUCGUUGUUUUAUUCACAAUUGAAAGAUUAAUUGUUGUAUUUUAUCCAUUAAAAAGACAAUUAAUAUGUAGAAGAAAAAUAGCCAGAUAUGAACUAUUAGUAUUAGUCAUUAUUAGUUCACUAUUAAAUAUUAAUGUACCAUUUCAUUAUGGUAUUGUACCAAUUUCUGUAGUCAAUAAUACAAUAACUGCAUCAAUAUGUGAUCUAUUACCAAAGUAUCGAUCAGUUUAUAUGAGCUUUGCUAUAACAACAAUCAUCAGUGUUUAUUUGAUACCAAUGUGUAUUAUUGGUUUCGUUAAUAUACUCAUUGUUAAUCAAUUAACAAGUAAAAAUGACUCAGAUAUUGAUAGUUUUGAUAAUGAAAACAAUCAUAAUGCAACCCAAGACGAUGAGUCAUUGAUUAGACGAUCUUUGUUGACACAGUAUCCUAGAAAAUUAUCCACAAUUCAUGAAAAAUUGGUUCGAUUAAUACCAACUAAUCGACAGACACAAGUCAAUUUAAAAACUAAAAAAGAUAAAAUUAAUUUAAGAAGUAAAUCAUACAGUGUCUCCGAUUCUAUUUUACAUUGUGGAUUAUUUUCUGAAAUAAAUCAUAACAAUAAAAUUAAAAUAUCAAAAAGUGAACCAACUAAUACAGUACAAGAUUAUAGUAAAAGUAAUACCUUAGAAAAAUAUCCAUUAUCUAUUCUUCUUCAAAAUCAAGAUAAUUCAACAAUAACACCAUGGACAAGUGAGAUUUCACCAUGUUGUACUUGGAAUUCAGCUGAUUGUUCAAAUCUAGCAACAAAUAUCUUAUUAGUAGAUUCUGAACAACAAAUGAAUCAGAAAUGCAAUAAUUCUGAAAAAAAUUUAUUCCAAUCUCAAACAAAUUAUGUUAAAUUUAACGAUGAAAUAGAACUACCGAGUUUAAAUCACGACCGUAUUACUCAAUCAUGUUCAUUUACUUCAUUUCAUGAAAAAUUAAACGUUAAUUAUUCACUCUAUGCUAAAUCGCUUCGAUUACCACAAUGUCAACGUAAAAGAAUCAAUAGUCUAAUGCCAAAUAAUUAUCGAACAUCAAUCUGUAGAAAAAACAGUUCAAACGUUCGAAAAACCCAUUUAAAAGAUCGAACACAACGUAUAACAGUUACAUUAUUACUUGUUUCAUGUUCAUUUUUGUUAUUGAAUACACCCUAUUGUAUAUUAUGGUUAUUGAAUUAUUUAAACAAAUUUGAAGAUCAAAAAUUAAAAUCAAUUAAAUCUUUUACUGAAUUAUUUAUGUUAACAAAUUUUUGUAUUAACUUUCUUUUAUAUUGUAUUGGGGGUAAACUAUUUCGACUUCAGUUAAAAUAUUUAUUGAGAUGUACUUUCAUUAUAAAUGAAUAA